AUGAGUCGGAUCGCUUUUCUGUCGCUGCGAGCCCUGCAGCUAGCUUUAUCUAUUUCUAGUAUCGGUCUGAGCGCGUAUGUUGUCAACGAUUAUAACCAACGAAGCCGAAACUCAGCGCCCUCGCCGUUUACUUAUCUCAUGGUCUCUUCCAUUUUCUCGAUUAUUUCGGUCGCCUAUCUCUCACUCACUCCUCUAUUCGUACCGCGCAUCUACCACCAAUAUGCCGCUGUUGUCGUCGAAUCUGUCAACGCCGCUCUGUACUUUGCCGGAUUCAUCGCCAUUGCUGUGUUCAUCGGGUCGCUUAUCAUGUGUGAGGGGACUGUUUGCUCUUGCGCUCGUGCCGAUGCCGUUGUUGCUGCGGGUCAGUUCACGGCGUGGAUCACAACAACUGCUUUCACAGCCAAGGAUUUAUUUAAGAAGGCUUUCCAAGAACCCAAGAAGGAUGACGAGGGUCGAGAAAUGGGACAGGCAUAG